GAAGGGGCUCCAGAUAGAUGCAGCAACAGCUUUGCAACGCGACCGCUCCGAGCGUGCAUUUUGAGCCUCUCUGCCUGCCGUAUGAGGGACGGGCUGAGCCUCGCCGGUUACCGUAGUCUCGGUUGACAGGCAAUGGCCUCGAAGCUGAGGCACCGAGCCAGCGGCAGGGGGGCAGCCUCUAGCCGGCAGUCGCAGGACGGGAGCCUGCCUCCCGGGGGAGAGAGCAGCCGGCUGGCCCGAGGGGAGAGCAAGGCGGAGGACAAAGGCCCAGAGAGCAGGGAGGGGCAAUCAGGUGCUAAAGCAGGACAAGUGUGGGCACCCGAGGGUUCUACAGCCUUUAAAUGUCUCAUCUCUGCAAGGUUCUGCGCAGCAUUACUCAGUAACAUUUCAGACUGCGAUGAAACAUUCAACUAUUGGGAACCAACACAUUUUUUGCUGUAUGGAACGGGAUUCCAGACCUGGGAAUACUCUCCAGCCUAUGCCAUUCGCUCCUACGCUUAUCUUUGGCUACACGUUUUACCUGCUUGGUUCCAUGCAAGAGUUCUGCAAACCAACAAGGUUCUUGUCUUCUAUUUCUUACGAUGUCUCUUAGCCUUUUUCUGCUGCAUUUGCGAGUUGUACUUUUACAAAGCUGUUUGCAAGAAGUUUGGGCUCCAUGUCGGGCGAUUAAUGUUGGCGUUCAUGGUUUUGAGUACUGGGAUGUUCUGCUCAGCAGCUGCAUUCCUCCCCAGUAGCUUCUGCAUGAACACAACUCUAAUUGCAAUGACUGGCUGGUUUACAGAUACGAAUGCUGUGGCUAUACUGGGAGUGGCAGCCGGAGCCAUUUUGGGAUGGCCCUUCAGUGCAGCCCUUGGUUUGCCAAUAGCAUUUGACCUGGUGGUACUGAAGAGAAGGUUCCAGAGUUUUUUUAUAUGGACGGUGGUGGCUUUGCUGCUCUUUCUGCUCCCCCUUGUUGUAGUGGACAGCUAUUACUAUGGAAAGUUGGUGGUUACUCCCCUGAGAAUAAUUAUUUACAACGUUUUUACCCCACACGGACCUGACAUUUAUGGUACUGAGCCAUGGUCAUUCUAUUUCAUCAAUGGAUUCUUGAAUUUCAACGUGGCUUUUGCUUUGGCUCUCUGUGCUCUGCCUCUAACUGCCCUCAUGGAGUUCUUACUGCAAAGGUUUAAUGUGCACAACCUUGGCCGUCCCUACUGGCUGACCCUUUCACCCAUGUAUAUCUGGAUUCUGAUAUUCUUCACUCAACCUCACAAAGAGGAGCGUUUCUUAUUUCCAAUCUACCCCCUCUUCUGCCUCUGUGGGGCAGUGGCUCUCUCUGCUUUACAGGGGUCACUGGGUAGCAUUUGGAGGCAAGAAUCCUGAGUCAUUUGCACUUCUGCCUACUGUGGGUGCUGCUUCUAGCUGGCAUCUUCAUAUCUGCCCUGGAUAAAGACUAUUUUUAUCCUCUUAUCACGUCAAAAAUGGGGCAACGUAGGACUGGACAGUAAUUUUACUUAAUAUCACUGAUUGAUGUUCUCUGUGCACUCAGAUGGUAAUGAUUCCU